GUGCGUGCGUGCGCGUCCACCGAGGAUGGCGGGAAGCCUCGCGUUGGUGCUGGCGCUUCACUUUGCGUGGCUGCUGCAGACGGCGCUGGUAAGCUCCGCCCACUGCGACGCCGUCUUCAAGGGUUUUUCCGACUGUUUGCUGCAGCUGGGAGACAACGUGGCCAACUACCCCACGGACCUCGACGACCAGCAGAACCUGAACAAGAUCUGCACCUACUGGAACGACUUCCACUCGUGCGCGAGCACGGCGUUGUCCGACUGCCAGGAAGGCACCGGCGACCUUUGGGAGAAACUCAAGGAGGAAUCCCGUAGUCUGGAUUUCCACGGGAGUUUGUUUGAACUUUGCGCCGUGGGGAACAACGCCCACCCCGGGCGGGGCCCGGCGGGCCCGCUCCUGGCGGCGGCGCUGCCCGGCCUGCUCACCUGGCUGCUGGCCCUCUAAGAGAGACAAAAAAGAACAAGGACAAUACAAGGAAAAAAAAUCGACAGGAAAAACACUGACGGGAAAGUCUUUAUCCUCGACAUUGCCUUCCAGGCGCAUCGUCCAAUCACACGGCCGCCAAGACGCUUCGCUGACCCUUUGAUGAAACUUUUGAGGACAUUUGGAUGACGCGCCAGAGGAAUUUCUUAAAACGCCAUCACGGGUCGAGCGGGAGGGCGGAAUAUUCCGUUCCCGAACGCGAGCGUCGCGGCAAAUUGUUCCCCUGCGAAAUGACUGGCGAGGCUAAUACUUUUAGCAGCUAGCUUGCUAAUUUAGGAGCGAGCUUCUUUUCUUUUUUUUUUGGGUUGGGUUGGGAAUCCCUCACUCGUUACUAAAUCGUCACCACUAUAUGAAAGUGUCCUUGUCGUGAUUCGGCAGUAUUCGAUAAAUCCUUUCAGCCGUAGAGUCAACUACGUCGUCGACUAUAAGAAAAUGCGUAUACGGGUCAUUUUCAAAUAAUUUGAUCAAUAAUGGUAAACACACUACAAUUCUUAUUUAGCGAUUUUUGGAUGCCGCUUCUGUUUUCUGUGUGUAAAUGACUCCCAUGCCACCUCAAGUCCUAUUUUCAAAAAGUUCCGGAUGAUUUCAAAUUGUCGACAUUCGUCGUAAAAGCAAUCGUCGUCGACGGAGCGAACGGCGGCGGCCCGUUGAAGUACACGACUUGCAUAAUGCUAAAGACAUAAACAGCUUGAUGAAACGAGUGUGAGUUGCACAAUUUGCACGCGUUGCCCUUCAAACUCUGUGGAUACAAGUGCAGAAAGGAUCCCGACUGCUCAUUAAAGCUGCGACACUCUUGUUUUUAUAACGGUAAAGACGCGCAAUAGUUCCGACACUUUCACAAAUUCAUACAUAUCCGUUAAUAUCUGAGAAAUAACAGCAUUUAUUGUGCUAUCUACGAUUGUGUGAAUUCAAAAUGGCUGCCUCAUCCCAGAUCCCGCUGGUGUAUUGAGGCUCUCUCCUGUGGCGUGAACGCUAAAGACAGCUUGGGGGAUAUUUGUAAAAGAAGCAAAACAACAACAACAGCAGCAACUCUUUGGACACGAAGAUGCAUUUGUGUUAGUUUUCUUCGAAAAGUCGCAUGUUAAGAAAUAGGAGAAAAAUCCCAUGUAUUCAAAAUGUCAUUAGCAUCUUGACAAAAUGUUCCAAAUCAAGAAACUUCAUUUGGGACACCAAACGGUAAAGACAGUUUGGCAUUCAAAGUAUGAAGAAUAUCUUUUUCUUUGAAACAAGGAAGACCUGCCAAUAAUUCAAAUUCUCAUUUUCGGAAAAUGAAUUGAUUUUCAAAAGGAAAUUCGGUUGGGGCACGUCUUUCCCGUUAUUGAUCAAAUGAUAUUAAAAAUGACACAUAGAGUGAUUGGGGAAGGAGUGAACGAUUCCGAAGGCAGUCGCUGCUUUCGGAAUCGUUCACUCGUUCUCGACUCCGCAAUCACUUACGAGGGCUGAAACGAUGAAUCGAAUCCUGCCAAAGGACUACAAAAGGACUUUUAGUGGACAUCUUAGGGAACUAUUCAGGGGCCACGAGAUACAAAUCCUGCUACACGUAGGGAACGAGUGAGAGUCCCAACACAACCGAUGUUUUGUCAAGGCGCAGACAGAAAGUGAGUGUUGUCGACUUGCAUGAUGUCACUUCCUCACCCUUUUUAGGACAUGAGCACAAACGUCGGCUUCCGCCAAACCGAGCGCAGCGUAGCGGGCCGCCUUUGCGCUAACACGAGCGUAGCUAAUGCUGACUGGAGUCCAGUUGCGUCCGUGAAAGUCUUCGUUGAAAAUGUUUUCUAAACAUGGCUAACACCCAACCAAGCGCUUUGUUGACGAUUUGAGCGGCCAACAGUAAUUAGCUUGGAGCUAAGUGUUGACGUUACGAUGAAAACGUGCGACUUUCGCCGUACGUCGGCGGACAGCAUUUGGUUAGGAUCGCGUUGUGGCGUAACGGCAGCCUUUUAAUGUGUUUUACUUUAGCGUUUUAACAUUUUAGCGUUUUCAUGUUUUGACGUUUUAACAUUUUAGCGUUUUUGUUACGCUUAAGCGUUGUAACAUUUUAGUUUUUCAAACUUUUAGCGUUUUAACAUUUGAGUGUUUUUACACUGAAGCGUUUUAACGUUUUAGUGUUUCACGCCCAGUGCGCGUGCUUCCAGGUUAGCUAACAUUUAGCAAAGACUUUGUGAAGGAAAGACUCAAGGUUAUUUUGUGCUGGUUUCCUGAAAUGUUUUAUUUUUAUUUUUAAUAGUACGUGAAUAGAAAGUUUAGCGUUAACGUUGUUGUGUUUGUGAUUGCUGCUGCAAAAAAAAAUAGAAAAACAAAAAAGCAAUACCACUACGACAUCACGGCCAGUGUAGCUCCAACCAAUCAAUAACGAUUCAUGAUUAAAUCAAGACUGUUGUGUUCUAAUAAAUAACAAGUAAUAAGAGAUAAUAAUCAUAAUCAUAAUAAUAAUAAAUGUUCAUGUCUUUGUUCGUUUCUGUUUGUUUGCUCGCAACUUUUACAAAUCAUUCCAAAAAUCAUCAGAUGAAUUUACAAGGAUUUAUGAUGCAUUCUUCAGAGAAAAUAUUCAUACGAAAAAGAUUUAUCAUAAAAACUUUAUUCCACUUUUAAUGAAAAUAGA